AUGUCUGACAAGGAUUUCGAGGCCAUCCGGCGCCUCCAAGCAGAGCGCAACUCCGCAAACGCAGGGAAGAAAGGUUCAAAAACCUUUGACCCGUCCACGCAGAGGACUGACACGUCGACGAAGGCAUCACUCACGGAGUCCUUCGACACGGAGCUGUAUGAGCGGACUGCCGUUGACAAAUUUGCUGGAUACAACAAUUCCAUUGCUACCAACGAUGGCGACGACGAUAUGGAAGAUGCGGACGAGCUCAACGGCCGACGGCUCGUGGGACAGUACACGGCCACGAAAGCGCAGAUCAACGAGUUCGCAGGUGGCGAUACCGAGGAGGCCGAUAUCCUCAUGACCCGAGAGAAGCAGGCACAGAUCGCCUCCCGCGAAACUGACUAUCAAAAGCGCCGAUUCCAGCGCGGCCCCCUCACCCCAACCCGAGCCGAUCCUUUUGCCGCGAACAGCCAAGCUGGUGUACAGGACGAUGGACUUUCGUACAAGGACAUUAUGAAAACCCGGGAGAUUGAGCGCGAGGAAGAGAGAAUCAGCAAAAUCAUUGCUGAGAAAGAGGCGAAUGGAGAGACCGGGGCUGUUGUUGAGCACCAAGCUACCUUGAAGGAUACGCCGGAUAAAGAGAACAGCGAGGCUGGAUCAACCGUUGCCGUCGCUGCUGUGAGGAAGCGCAAGAACCGCUGGGACACGGCAACCGAACCCGUGGCCAACGGCGAAACAAAUGGGGCGGUUGAAAAGAAGAAGAGCAGGUGGGACGAGAGAGUAGCGCCCGGCCAACCACAAAAGCGUCCUAGGUGGGACGAAGUGCCCGCGGUUGGAGGUGCCACACCAGCGGCUGCUGCUGGACUCGCCACGCCCAUGCACCCCUCACAGGUGGCAUUUAUGCCAUUUGGAGGCGAUAUGCGCAAUGCGCCUCUAUCUGAUGAAGCUCUAAACAUGAUGUUGCCAUCCGAAGGUUACAAGAUCCUCGAUCCGCCUCCCGGCUACGAACCAACUAGAGUCGCCCCGAGCGGCCUCAUGCCACCAACCCCAGGUGUUUACGGUGGCUUCAUGAUGCAAACGCCUCAGAGCAACUCCAUGAUGGGCAAGCAACUUCCCACCGAGAUUCCUGGCGUCGGAGACCUUCAGUUCUUCAAGGCUGAGGACAUGGCCUACUUUGGAAAAUUGGUCGACGGCGCAGACGAAGACCAGAUGACAGUCGAAGAACUAAAAGAACGCAAAAUCAUGCGUCUGCUUCUCAAAGUAAAGAACGGCACACCGGCAAUGCGCAAGACGGCUCUUCGACAGCUUACCGAUAGUGCCCGACAAUUUAACGCCGGACCACUGUUCAAUCAGAUCCUCCCGCUCCUAAUGGAGAAGACUCUGGAAGAUCAGGAACGUCAUCUGCUCGUUAAGGUUAUCGACCGCAUCUUGUACAAGCUAGACGACCUCGUCCGCCCCUUUGUUCACAAGAUCCUUGUCGUCAUCGAGCCUCUUCUGAUCGACCAGGAUUACUAUGCCCGAAUGGAGGGUCGUGAAAUCAUUUCAAAUCUCAGUAAAGCCGCUGGCCUCGCGCAUAUGAUUAGUACCAUGCGUCCAGAUAUUGAUCACCCGGAUGAGUAUGUUCGAAAUACAACCGCUCGAGCCUUCGCAGUAGUUGCCUCUGCACUUGGCAUUCCUGCUCUGCUUCCUUUCCUUAGAGCUGUCUGCAAGAGCAAGCGGUCCUGGGCGGCCCGUCACACUGGUGUUAAGAUCGUUCAACAGAUUCCCAUUCUCCUGGGUUGCGCCGUCCUGCCCCAUCUCAAGGGCCUCGUUGAUUGCAUCGCGGGUAAUCUCAGCGACGAGCAGCCCCGAGUCCGUACAGUCACGAGUCUGGCAAUCGCCGCUCUUGCUGAGGCUUCUAACCCUUACGGUAUUGAUAGCUUCAAUGACAUCCUCCAUCCCCUGUGGACUGGUGCUCGGCGCCAGCGGGGCAAGAGCUUGACUUCGUUCCUCAAGGCCGUUGGCUACCUCAUCCCCUUGAUGGACGGUGAAUACGCCAACUACUACACUACUCAGAUCAUGGAAAUUCUCCUACGGGAGUUCUCCUCGCCCGAUGAGGAGAUGAAGAAGGUCGUGCUCAAGGUAGUUUCUCAGUGCGCCGGUACUGUGGGUGUUGAAAAGAAGUACUUGAUAUCAGAGGUGCUCGAUGAGUUCUUCAAGUGCUUCUGGGUUCGUCGAAUGGCACUCGACAAGCGCAACUACAAGCAGGUCGUUGAAACUACUUUUGACUUGGGUCAGAAGGUCGGGACUAGCCAGAUUGUUGAGCGCAUCGUAGACAACUUGAAGGAUGAGAACGAGGCGUAUCGCAAGAUGACAAUCGAGACAAUCGAAAAGGUCGUCACAAGCUUAGGUGCAGCUGAUCUCGAUGGUGAACUCGACAAGCGCCUCGUCGAUGGCGCCCUCCAUACCUUCCAGGAACAGAGCGUGGAAGACGACACGAUCUUGAAUGGCGUGGGAACAAUCAUCAACGCGUUGGGCACCCGUAUCGACUUUUACCUUCCUCAGAUCGUCAGCACUAUUCUCUGGCGACUGAACAACAAGCAGGCUACUGUCCGUAUGCAAGCUGCGGACUUGAUCUCUCGUAUCACAAUGGCGCUGAGGGUCUGCGACAGAGACGACAUCAUGGGCAAGCUUAGCAUCAUUCUCUACGAAUACCUUGGAGAGGAGUAUCCAGAAGUCUUGGGUUCCAUUCUCGGUGCGCUUCGAAGCAUUGUCACAGUUGUUGGCAUCGAUCUGAUGCAGCCGCCUGUCCGCGACCUCCUGCCCCGACUUACUCCCAUCCUUCGCAAUCGCCACGAGAAGGUACAAGAGAAUACAAUUGAUCUAGUCGGUCGCAUUGCAGAUCGUGGCGCAGAUCGCGUCCCGCCCCGAGAAUGGAUGAGAAUCUGCUUUGAGCUUCUCGACAUGCUCAAAGCGCACAAGAAGGGCAUUCGUCGCGCCGCCAAUAACACUUUCGGUUUCAUUGCGAAAGCCAUUGGUCCGCAGGACGUCCUUAACACACUCUUGAACAAUUUGAGGGUACAAGAGCGCCAGAGCCGAGUCUGCACGGCUGUCGCCAUUGGCAUUGUUGCUGAGACUUGUGGUCCAUACACCGUACUGCCGGCACUCAUGAACGAGUACCGGGUCCCUGAGCUGAACGUUCAGAACGGUGUCUUGAAGUCGCUGUCGUUCCUCUUCGAGUACAUUGGCGAGAUGGCUAAAGACUAUGUGUACGCAAUCACACCGCUCCUCGAAGACGCCCUCAUCGAUCGAGACCAAGUCCAUCGCCAGACCGCGGCCUCGGUAGUCAAACACAUCGCAUUGGGAGUUGUGGGACUUGGGUGUGAAGACGCAAUGCUGCAUCUUCUUAAUCUGGUCUGGCCCAACCUGUUCGAGACGAGUCCUCACGUCAUCGACAGGAUCCUUGAAGCUAUCGACGCAAUUCGCAACGCCGUCGGCACCGGUACCGUCAUGAACUAUGCCUGGGCUGGUCUCUUCCAUCCAGCACGCAAGGUCCGCCAGCCAUACUGGCGCAUCUACAACGAUGCCUACGUCCAGAACGGCGACUCUAUGGUGCCCUAUUAUCCGAUUCUCGACGAGGGUUCCCUCCAGAGGCCUGAGUUGGCCAUUUUCCUUUGA